AUGGCUUUCUCCACCCUGUCUGCCUGUUCCAGCGACCUGAGCUACAGCAGCCGGGUCUGCCUGCCCGGGUCCUAUGACUCCUGCGCCGACUCCUCCUGGCAGGUGGACGACUGUCCAGAGAGCUGCUGUGAGCCCCCCUGCUGUGCCCCAAGCUGCUGUGCCCCAGCCCCCUGCCUGACCCUCCUCUGCGCCCCAGUGAGCUGCAAGUCCAGCCCCUGCUGCCAGCCAGCCUGCAGCAGCUCCUACCUGGUCUUGAGCUGCCAGCAGUCUAGCUGCCAGUCCUCCUGCUGCACCUCCUCCCCCUGCCAGCAAGACUGCUGUGAGCCCGUCUGCUGCAAGCCCGUCUGCUGUGAGCCCGUCUGCUGCAGGCCGGUCUGCUGCACGCCUGUCUGUUGCACGCCGGUCUGCUGCAGGCCCGUGUGCUGUGAGUCCUCCCCCUGCUCAGCCUCCUUGUGCUGCCAGCCCAACCCCUGCUCCUCGGUCAGUUGCAGACCCUCCUCCUCUGUGUCCCUGCUCUGCCGUCCUGUGUGCCGCCCCGCCUGCUGCGUGCCCGCCUCCUCCUGCCAGCCCAGCUGCUGCCGCCCGGCCUCCUGCGUGUCCCUGCUCUGCCGGCCCGCAUGCUCCCGCCCUGCUUGCUGCAUCCCAACCGUGGCCCCGGAGCCCUGUUGCUGA